AUGGCUGCUCUGCCGUCACCCACACAGGUGGCUGGAAGCCAUGAAGCUAUUUAUGAGGCUUAUUACAACCAGGUGGAUCCAAAGGGAUAUGGAAGGAUUGAAGCAAUGGAUGCAGCGAGGUUUCUUAAAAAAUCCCAGCUGAGUGAUGUGAUACUCAGCAAAAUAUGGGACAUGGCCGACCCACAGUCUAGGGGUUCACUCGAUAAAACGGGUAUGUUUGUCGCCCUAAAAUUAUGUGCCUUUGCCCAAGCUGGACGCGAAUUGAACAUCGCUAAUUUGAGUCAAGAUAUAGCUCCACCAAAGAUGGGUGACAUUAAACCAGUUAUCAAAAAGAGUCCGGCCGUCCCUCCGCCACCUGUUAUUUCAGCAGUAAACAGUAGUGACUGGUCGAUAAAACCGCAUGAACGCAUUAAAUACGAUCGUUUGUUUGAUGACUUACAGCCAACGAAUGGUUAUAUACCUGGUAAUAAAGUAAAAGGUCUUUUGAUGGAUAGCAAACUGCCUAUGGACACUCUUGGCAAAAUAUGGGAUCUUGCUGAUAUUGACAAGGAUGGAAUGCUGGACAGGCAUGAAUUUGUCGUCGCUAUGCAUCUUGUUUACAAAGCUUUGGAAAAACAUGCGAUUCCAAGUGUUUUGCCGCCGGAAUUGAUGCCACCUGGAAAAAGAAAAGAUGCUCCUCUUAUCGCUGACCUUUCAGCUCCAGCGAUGGUAGCUGCUAAAAUACCGCCUAUACCACCACUACCAUCUGCAUCUGCGAUCAAUAAUUUAGUGGGUUUACAAUCCGUCAAGCCUCCAUCACAGCAACAACCUGUACAGUGGGUCGUAUCAGCAGAAGAUCAAGCUGCUGCAGAUAAAUUAUUUUUACAGGCAGAUAUGGAUAUGGAUGGAUUUGUUUCGGGUACUGAGAUCAAAGAUGUUUUUCUUCAAAGCGGACUCCCACAAUCUAUACUCGCUCAUAUAUGGGGUCUUUGUGAUUUGGGUCAGAGUGGCAAGCUAAACAAAGAACAGUUUGCACUUUCAAUGUGGCUAAUAAAACAAAAGUUAAGAGGAAUCGAUCCUCCUGCUUCACUCAUGCCUGACAUGAUACCUCCGUCUUUGAGGAAAUUUACUGACAGUGGAGUAGCAGAGAACAAUAAUGUUCCGACCUAUUCAAAUCCUGAACUGGAUAUGAUCAGUAUAGAUAUCGCGGAUUUAGCUCGUGAGCGGCGCAUGAUGGAACAAGAUAUCGCACAAAAAGAAGCAGAUAUUAAAAUAAAAAAUGGGGAAAUUAAAAGCUUGCAAAGUGAGCUAGAUACUUUAGCUGCUACUUUAAAACAAUUAGAAAAUCAAAGAGGAGAGGCACAAAAGCGACUGAAUGAUUUAAAAACUCAGGUGGAUAAGCUGCGUCAACAAGCAGAAGAACAAGAGACAGUUUUAAAAUCCCAGGAAGAUGAACUUAAUAGCAAGCGACAAGAAUUAGAGGGUCUUCGUCAGGAAGAACAACAGCUUGAGCAGCAACAAAAUAAUAGUCGAGACCAAUUAAACGAAUUAACUAAAAACCUACAAAAUACUCAGCUUCAAAUAAGCCAAGCAAAAGCUAAAAUUACUGAUUUGGAAGAACAGCAACGUCAAAUGACCGAUGCUAUUGCGAUUUACGACUCAGCCUUGGCAGCAGGAGACCCAAAUCUUGUUCCGGAUACUAGUCUACAAUUUAAUCCGGAAAUAGAUGCACUCGAACUUGAAAAUGAAAACUCAACAAAAGUCAAUGGUUCGAGUGGCGAAAAUCAAGGACCUAACUCGUUUAUAGGAAUGAAUGGAUCAUCAGACGGUUUUGGAAAUCAAAAUGAUCCAUUUUCAUCAAACAAAGCUAAAGAUACAUUCGGAAAUGGUGAAGGUGAUCCAUUUACUAAUUUCGAUGGAAGGACAAUAUCAUCUGGGUUUGCUAGUGACCCAUUCGCUGCGAAGAGCAAACAAGAUUCAUAUGAUCCAUUUGGUGACAAUAAAAAAAAUGAAAAACCAGCUAUGGAAACUGCAAAAGAUCCCUUCGGAGAUGAUCCUUUCGCAAAUCUUCACGCGCCUACUCGUGCCGAAAGCCCAAGUCCUGCACUUCCACCCAAAAAAGCUAAGCAACCACCACCAAGACCUGCACCACCUCGACCGGCAAGUGGACCAACUGGGCCACUCCGAGCAGCACCUGUUCCUCCCACGCCUUCACCAACACCAGAUCCAUUCUCUAACAGUAACGCAGACCCAUUUGCGGCUCAAAAUGAUAACAACAACGGUAACACCGGUUUUGGUUCAACUGGUUCUGGAUUUGCAGAUUUCGCAAAUUUUGACGCCAAGCCGGACUUACAACCCACGCGAACGGCACCAGCGAGGCCAAUGAGCAGACCACGCGCUACACCAACGCCAAGUCAAAAGUUACCCGACUUUACGGAGGAUCCAUUCAGAGACUACCGCUAUGAAGAUCCAUUCGAGAUUGCAGAUCCAUUCGCCGACGAAGAUGAUACAAAUGCAAAUACAAAGAAGAGUCCAACCAGUGUCACCAAUGGCCGUAAACUUGAUCCAUUUGGAUUGGAGACAACAGCAACAUCAGGCAACAAUUAUUCUUUUAAAGAUAAAGAUUCCUUUGACAAGGGCUUUGAUUCUGAUUUUUCAAAAGCAUUUCCCUUAAUUAAAGAAAAUAUUGAUAAAAUGGGUAAUUUUAUGACUGAGACUAAAAAUAAUUCAUUUAAAAGCAUAAAUGAAUUUGAAUUUGCAAAUAACAGUAUAACUGAGACAACAAAGUCAACCAAUAAACCUAUUAAUUUUGAUGAAGCUUUUGCACCAAAAAAAACUGACAAAAAUCUCAAUUAUUCUGGUCGAAAUAGCGCUCAGGCAUUCGAUGAUAUGUUUACUCACGAUAAUUCGCAUAUUAAUAAAAAUAAUAACAAUAAUGCUACAUGGAAUGGUCGAAAUAAUACCUCUAAAGGACUAACAGAGCAGCAACAACUCGCUUGGGCAGCUCAACAAAGUUUGCGUGCUGAAGAAGAAAUAUUGCGGCGCAAAGCUCAAGAAGAAGCCGAUUUUGCUUAUGCGAUUGAGCUCAGUAAGCAGGAGAAUGCAGGAAAAUUUUAAGUUUAAAAAAAUAAAUAAAUAAAUAAUAAAUAAAAAAAAAAAAAGAAAAAAAAUUGUAUCAAUAA